ACUCAAGCUGGGUUUUUUUUUCUCCAUCCGUCUUGCACGAGGACUUAUCGGUGCGGCGAUGGACCCGGUAAUAACGCGGCAAAUACCAUCACAGUGUUAAUUAAGGAGGAGCGAAAGAAAGAGAAGAAGAAGAGCGAGAAGAAAUGAAGACGCGCAGAGCGGAGGACAGAACCUAGAGUGAGUGGAUCAGCGCGCGCUCACAGAACCUUUACAGCAACCGGGUCGGAGAAUAGAACCUAAUAAAGACUGUGUUAUAUUAGAGAGGCGUUUUUAUUCAAACCCAUCAGUGCACAUGAAGAGGAACAUGGGGUUCUGCUCAGGAUGCUGGAUCUCUGUCAUGUCUGCGCUCCUCGCGCUGCUCCUCAUCCCGCUGGAUGCACAGGCUAAAUCUGUGUCGGGAAACAUGACAGAGACAGCGAGCCCUUCAAACUCAACCUCCUUGCCAGCGGAAAGUGACGAGGUGAAGCUGGAUGAUGAGAUGUCCAAACCGAUUAGCAACAUGUUCCUCAUCCUGCGUUCUGGACGCAAGCCCAGAGGUGGAGAGGAGCUCGGAAGUGGACUUCAGGAAGGUCCAGACCAUUUUCUGACUUCCACUCCGUCUCCUAAAGAGAUGAUAAUAGAGGACUCAAAAAUCAGCCCUGAUUCUCAGGAGAAUGACCAUCUUCUGCCUGCAAAAAAUACUCCUCCUCCAAGUGCGUCCACUGAGAACCUCUUGCAUGGCACUGAGGAUCUAAUGGGGUCUGCGGUGGUUGAUUUGGAUGAGACCUCGAACCUGAACCGACAGGAACCUUCAACUGCAGUGACCCCGUUCCCUUCGCAUUCCCCGUCCAAUACAGCAUACCUCACUGUAGACUAUUACACCAGAUCCCCUGGUAAUGUGCUCGUCCCUCCGGCUCCUACCGAACAUGAGCUUCAGGGUCGCGAACCCACCGCUUGGACGAUGCCCAACAAGUACCCCUACCACCCUCCGUACAGCAAAACUGUCCCUCCGUCCUCAGAAAUAGACACCACCAAACCCGAUGAGUACGAUGAUGAGCCGACCUCCACUCCUACACCACCUCCACCCAGGACCUUCCAUCCUCACUUCCCCAAUCCCUUCAUCCCUGCUCGGGGAAAAGAGCCACCCACUAACCGUAAUAAAAAAUUGGGCAAGAGCAGCAGUGCCGAGUGUCAGAUGGGCUCUGUGCUCAUGAACGGGACCUGCAAGUCUCAAUGCGACAUGAUGCCGAAUUAUUGUUUCAAUGGGGGCCAGUGCUUCGUGCUGGAAGGAUCUGGAGUCUUCUGCAGGUGUAACAUUCAGGACUACGUGUGGCACAAAGGCGCUCGCUGUGAGUCCGUCAUCACCGAGUUCCAGGUCAUGUGCAUCGCCAUCGGCACCUCGGUGCUCACCGUCCUGCUGCUCUUCAUGAUCGUCGUCUGCUUCGCCAAGAAACUGCACGUGCUCAAGACCGAGAACAACAAACUGCGCAAGCGCAGCAGUAAGUACCGCCCGUCGUCGGAGCAGCACAAUGAUAAUUUCUCUCUGUCCACCAUCGCUGAGGGCUCCAACCCAAACGUAAGGAAACUGUGCGACUCUCCUCCUCAUGCUCGUGCUUUGGCUUACUAUGAUAACAUUAUCUGUCAGGACGAUCCUAACUCCCAGAAUAAGCUGGAGGAUGCGGUGAAGUCUCCUCCACCCAAAGAGGACGAGUCUCUGAACAUCCAGAACUCACUCACUCCAAAACACGAGAACCACAAGGUUCUGGGUGAGGAGAACUCCUCGGAGGUAAACUCGCUGCAGAACAACAUGAUGUAGAGGGGAAGUCAAACGACAAACCACACAGAUUCACCUCCACCUUCGCGACCACAAAGUCUAUAAUCCCACCCCUUCACUCUUAC